AUGGCUGAGCUCCGCCGAAAGCUGGUCAUCGUCGGUGACGGUGCCUGUGGUAAAACUUGUUUAUUGAUCGUUUUCUCCAAGGGAACGUUCCCUGAGGUCUAUGUCCCCACCGUUUUCGAGAACUACGUCGCCGAUGUCGAGGUUGAUGGAAAGCACGUCGAGUUAGCCUUAUGGGAUACGGCUGGUCAGGAAGACUACGACCGUCUCCGACCUCUGUCUUACCCUGACUCUCACGUCAUCCUAAUCUGCUUUGCUGUUGACUCGCCCGAUUCUCUGGACAACGUUCAGGAGAAGUGGAUUUCUGAAGUCCUUCACUUCUGCCAAGGCCUGCCUAUCAUCCUCGUUGGCUGCAAGAAGGAUCUGCGCUACGACGCAAAGACAAUUGAGGAGCUCCGCAAGACUAGCCAGAAGCCUGUCUCCCCUGAGGAGGGCGAGGACAUUCGCAAGAAGAUUGGUGCUUACAAGUACCUUGAGUGCUCAGCCAAGACGAAUGAAGGUGUCCGAGAAGUUUUCGAGCACGCUACUCGCGCGGCUCUGCUGUCUCGUAAAAGCCAGAAGAAGCACUCCAAGUGCUUAGUCCUUUAA